UCGAGGACCCCUCCCGACCCAUGGCGGCGGGAAUAAAAGCGGCGGCUGACGCUGGAGGCAUCGGAGCCACUGCCCAGCCCAAGUGCCGCGGCCGCUUCCGCAGAGCCUUCUCCACUGCCGCCUCAGCUCCCUGCCACCGCCAGCCAGGUGAGCCCCGGGAGCGCUGCUCAGAAGUCAUGGGCUUCCUCAAGUUCUCCCCUUUCCUGGCUCUUAGCAUCUUGGUCCUGUACCAGGCAGACAGCCUCCACGCAGUGCCAUUCAGAUCUGUCUUGGAGAGCAGCCCAGACCUGGCCACACUCAGUGAGGAGGAAGCGCGCCUCCUGCUGGCUGCACUGGUGCAGGACUAUGUGCAGAUGAAGGCCAGUGAGCUGGAACAGCAGCAGGAGACAGAAGGCUCCAGCAUCACUGCCCAGAAGAGAAGCUGCAACACUGCCACCUGUGUGACUCAUCGGCUGGCAGACUUGCUGAGCAGGUCAGGGGGUGUGGUGAAGAGUGACUUCGUGUCCACCAAUGUUGGCUCUGAAACCUUCGGCCGGCGCCGCAGGGAGCUCCAGGCCUGAUCAACUGGUUGACCCCACGAAGGUCACAAAGAAGCUGAACUCUACUUCUAUGUAUAACAAAAGCAAUUUGUAGGAAAGGCUCCAUGGAAGACAUCCAUAUUUAUUUGCAUCUUUCUUGAUAUUGAAAACUAUCAUCUUUGUUUGAAAAGAACUAAAGCUAAAUGCAGAGUAAGCACCUUAUAGUUCCCUCUCAUGCAUCUUUUUCGUAUUUAAUUCUGUACCCAAUAAAUAUGACAGCAUGUCUCAUUAGCAUACCUGAUAGCAAAUCUGGGCCCUGUCAUCUCUCCUGUUGAUACUGGCAGCUGUGCUAAAACCUCAGAAAUCACUGCCUCUUGGGUGUCUGGGGACCUGGUAAUGGUAUGUCUUGAUGGAACUAUUUGUUUAAACAAAUGUCAGUGUUGUCAUUUGUGAACUUCAUCAUAAUUAAAAAUAUAUUUUCGAUACCCUUAAA